AUGACUUUAAAAUUUCAUUGCGGUCUUUUAAAAGAUAUUUCUUUGAUGUUAAAUGAUGGGGAUGAUCAUAAUGUAAUUAUUCAAGUCGGAGAAAAUCAAAAUACAAUAGAAUUUCGUGCACAUUCUAAUAUAUUGAAAGCUCGUUCACCUUAUUUUAAAAGGGUAUUCACAUCUGGAUUGGUUACAAGGAGUAAUAAUAUGUUUGAAAUUAAAAAAACAAACAUUAAUCCUACAGUUUUUGAAAUGAUUCUCAAGUACAUUUACGCGGGUGAAGUGGAUUUAACCGAUAAGCUUGGAUCAGAUAUUUUUGAAUUGCUAAUUGCAUCUGAUGAAUUAAUCCUUGAAGAGUUAUUUAAUGAUGUUCAAAAUUAUUUAAUUGAAGAACUUUCAGUUUGGAUUCAGAAAAAUAUUAAUGAAGUACUUCCUACAGCGUUUAAACUUACUAGUUGUAAAAGAUUACAAGACCAUUGCAUUGGAUUAAUUUGCGCCCUCCCGUUACCAUUUUUCUCUUCCGACAGCUUUACAUCAUUGGAUGAGAAAAUUAUUUAUUGUCUUCUUAAAUGUGAUUACCUGCAGAUGGAUGAAAUAUUAGUUUGGGAGUUUUUAAUUAAAUGGGCCAUCGAACAAACUCCCGGUUUGGGAAGUAGCCGAGAAAAAUGGACGGAAAAAAGUUAUAAGGAUUUAAAGGUUACGUUGAAUAAAUUUAUCCCUUUAAUUCGAUUUAGAGAUAUUAGUUCGAAUGAUUUCUACCUUAAGGUUCAUCCAUAUGAAGCCAUCUUCCCUCCUGAAAAUUAUGAAUCUCUAUUGGGAUUUUAUUUGAAUCAUUCCUUGUCAGCAAUGACUUUACCAUCACGAGACAAAAUGUGUCAGAUUGAUUCAUUGAUUAUUGGACCAAACCACGUCGCUGUAAUCAAUAAUUGGAUCAAAAGGGAGAAAGGCUUACCAUAUACACUUUUAUAUCGUGGUAGCCGUGAUGGUAUUAAAUCAGAUGUCUUAAAAAAUAGAUGUUAUCGUCAAUCGCCAUGCUUAGUUUUAGUCAAGGUCCGUUCUUCACCGAGGAUAUUUGGCGGAUACAGUCCUAUCGGGAUUUAUUUUUGUACUGGUGGUCAAUGGCAUAGAACAUCAGGUAGUUUCAUCUUUUCUUUUGAAGACAGUGAAGAUGAUCAAAACAUGAAAGUAAGUCGUGUGACAAAUAAUAAUAGAGCGUUAUAUGAAUUCUAUGAUUGCGCAUUUAACUUUGGUGGUGGAGCUUUAUUUAUGGAUAAUGACAAAAAUUUACACGUUAAUUAUAAUCUUAAUUAUCAAUGUAAUUUGGACGAGUUCGCUUCGAGUUAUGUUAUUAAGGAAGUUGAAGUUUUCAAAUUGGGGGGCUGA